GGGAGGGGCUCCGCCUGACCGACCGCCUGCCUAUCAAGCAGGAGUCCCUCCCCCUGCCGCCCCCUCCUCUCUUGGCCACACCCCCGGGCCCAACUGGGCCUGGGUCCGACCCUUCUUGGGUCGAGUGACCCCGCCUGGGUUGACAUCUCCCCACCUUGGUGCCCCCUUAGAUCCUAUUCUGCCAGACUGAGGUCCCCCUUGGGUCUGAUCUCCUUUACCUCCAUCCCUAAGGUCUGUGUCCUCUCCUAGCUGACCCCUCUGGCUAGGCUGAGUCUGGCUUGUGGUCAGGGUCAUCUAGCUUGGCAUAACUGGGCCGGGGUCUCACCCCUCUCUGCUGAGCUGGGCCGGGGUCUCACCCCCUUCUUGGCAGAGCCUCAGCCCCCUCUUCUGAGCCAGUGCUCAGCCCAUCUCGCUCAGCUGACCUCGGCUCUGGGCUCCUCUCCCUUGGGUCCCAUGGAGGACUCGGACUCGGCUGAGGCUGCAGCGAUGGCCGCUGCAGUGGCCGCUGUAAGGGGUACUGCCAGCUCGGAAGAUGAGGCCCCGGAUUUGGACUCAGACUCAGACUCAGAGACAGAGACAGACACAGACACGGACCCCGACCGGGAGGCCCGCCGGAUGAGGGCAGUGGCCGUAAUAGAGACAUCGGAGCCUGUGAGGCACAUGGACAUGGGUGCCAGGGAGCAGGCACUGCCUGAGCCCCCUGACCCCGAGGAGGAGGCCACCUUUGCAGAAGUGACCACAGUGACGGUGGCUAAUGUGGAAUCUUCCGCGGACAACGUCUUUACCACCUCUGUGGCCAGCGCUGCGUCUCUCUCUGGGCACGUGCUGUCUGGCAGAGCAGCUCUCCAACUCGGGGAUGGCUUGAGUACAGAGAAGGCCACGCUGAUUGUUGUCCACACAGACGGCAGCAUUGUGGAGACCACUGGUUUGAAGGCACCGCCCGCACCUCUCGCCCCAGGCCCUCAGGCUUCUCCAACUCCCGUAGCUCCUGGCCAGGACAAGGGGGGCACGAAGUACAACUGGGACCCAUCUGCCUAUGACAGUGAGCUUCCCGUGAGAUGCCGGAACCUCAGCGGGACUCUGCACAAGAGCCGCCUUGGCUCUGGUGGGCGCGGUCGCUGCAUCAAACAAGGUGAAAACUGGUACAGCCCUACGGAAUUUGAAGCCAUGGCGGGAAGAGCGAGCAGCAAGGACUGGAAGAGAAGCAUCCGCUUUGCUGGGAGGCCACUGCAAUGUCUCAUUCAGGACGGCAUUCUCAACCCUCAUGCUGCCUCUUGCACGUGUGCUGCCUGCUGUGAUGACAUGACCUUAAGCGGCCCGGUCCGAUUGUUUGUCCCUUACAAAAGACGGAAGAAGGAAAACGAGAUGCCGACAACACCCGUGAAGAAGGAUUCCUCCAAGAACAUCACCUUGCUCCCAGCCACGGCCGCCACAACUUUUACUGUGACUCCUGGACAGCUCACUACUUCUGGUGCUCUGACCUUUGACCGGGCGUCAACUGUGGAGGCCACAGCUAUCAUCUCAGAAAGUCCAGCUCAGGGGGAUGUCUUCACUGGAGCAACUGUACAAGACAGCAACGUUCAGCCGUCUUGCAGGGUUGGUCAUCCGGAGCCUCAUUAUCCCAGCUAUCAGGACAAUUGCCCAAUCUCACCAUUUCCAGAAGCUGCAUUGCCGACGUCUCAUCCCAAAAUAGUGCUGACAUCCUUGCCCGCACUGGCGGGCCCACCUGCGACCCCCACCAAAGCCAUAUCGCCUGCUGUGAUUCAUGGGCUAGAGAUGACUGAGCACCGGAGCUGGCUGUGCCUGGAAGAGAUGGUCAACUCUCUGCUGAGCACAGCCCAGCAGCUGAAGGCCCUGUUUGAACAGGCCAAGCAGGCCAGCUCUUACCGAGAGGCGGCCGCCGCACAAGCCAGAGGCCAGGUGGAGGCUGAGCGGAAGGAGUAUCAGAGCCCGCUCUUCCAGCCAGCUGAAGACGUGGCCGAAGGGAAAGCCGAAAUCAUCAUCAAGCAAUCUUGUGUCAACUGUGGCCGGGAAGCCAUGAAUGAGUGCACCGGCUGCCAUAAAGUCAACUACUGCUCCACUUUCUGCCAGCGGAAGGACUGGAAGGACCACCAGCACAUGUGUGGGCAGCCAGCCACAGUCACUGUCCAGGCCGAUGAAGUCCAUGUCACUGAGAGUGUGAUCCAGAAGGUCACAGUGUAAAUUACAGCAGUGCCCCCAGGGCCAAGCGGCA